AAUAGCAGUUUACAGUAUAGUUUACAGUAAGAGAUGUCACUUUUUGGUGGAGGAUUACCCUAAUUAUACUCCUUCUUCAAAUCUCAACUCUGAGGAUUAUUGGCAGAGGGUUUUUACCUGUCAGUAUUCUGCAUCGUAUUACAUUUUUAUAAUUUGCACUAAGGUCGGUCUGUCUGCGUGGUAACUUUUCCUUAUUGCUGACAAUAUGUUUUGGUUCAUGGAGGGAAUAUGCUUUUUACCAACUUUUUUGGUCAUCUGGUCAUCCAGCACGUUUAUUGUUUCCUACCUAAUUGCAUUGUUCGAGCAUCAUGUGGAUGUUAUUUUCCCCUAUAUAAGUGACACUGGGGCUAAUCCCCCAGAGAGCUGUAUCUUUGGCUUGAUGACGGUUAUCACUGCAUUUGCAGGUAUGGCCACCAUAUAUGCCAGAUACAAGUUUGUGGAAAAGCUCAAUGAGAAGGCAGGUGGUGUGCCCCCAGCACUGAACCAGGCUGCUUUCUGGAUUGGAAUGCUUUCUUGUUUGGGGAUGUGUUUUGUUGCUACUUUCCAGGAGACAACGGUUACGUCAGUUCAUGAUGCAGGUGCAUUACUCUUCUUCUUUUCUGGUGUGUUGUACACCAUCCUCCAGUCCAUCAUAUCCUAUAAGGCCUACCCCUAUGGAUGUUCCUUGGCCUUGUUUGGUAUGCGCACUGGAAUUGCAACCAUCGCCUUCCUGGCAGUUUCCCCCACUGUUAUCUGUGCUGUCUUUGUGACACAAACCACACUGCAUAGAAAAACAGAAGACGAGGACUAUGUGUUCCAUCUGGUGAGUGCUGUGAGUGAGUGGAUCGUGGCCUUCAGCUUCAUCUUCUUCUUCUUAACCUAUAUCCACGACUUUAAAAAGUUUACUCUGAAGCUGAGAACAGAAUUUGUGGACUAUUCCUGACAAAACAUUGAUUUGAACCUUUAAAUCUGAAAAUUUACUAAAUCAAAUGUAUUACUUUUUUUUUGUUCGAUUCCCACGGGGGGCCAGUAUGAAAAUAAAUAAAUGUAUGCACUCACUAACUGUAAGUCGCUCUGGAUAAGAGCGUCUGCUAAAUGACUAAAAUGUAAAUGUAAAUGUUUUCUACUUUUAUAAGGCAAAUGUAUAUGAGAUUAUCUGAAUGGUAUGAUUUCUUUCUUUAUACUGUAUCCAUUGCAACAUAACUUCAAUCUUAAGGGUUAACCACAAAACAAACACAUCCUGUGACCAGCAAUUAGAAAAGUUGUUGGGUUAAGGAAAGAGUUAACCCAUUGUCAGUAUUGUGCAAGAAAAUCACAAGAUCAAGUUGAUCAGGGGCGCAACUUUGGUUUCAGAAUGUGGGGGGGACAUUUCCCCCCUGUCCCCAGUGAAGUUGCGGCACCUGAAGUUGAUAUAGAAAAUUAAUUUCACACAUCACCAGUUUAUGGAUAGAGGCUGUAUGUACACUUACCUACUCCAAGGUUAAUCGUUUUAUAUUACAAUGUACAUGUUUUUCUAGAUAGGUAUUUUGCUCAAGAAAAACUCAGGGUAUUGAGGAGGCAUAUCUAUACCAUUGUAAUAAAGUAAUUCAAAAUACA